CAUUUACUAUAUUUUUGUAACAUCUUAGUCUCCAAAGACCUAAAGAUUGACCAAAAUUUCAGAUACAGAAACUAAAAAUCUUUUCUUUUUGUGACUAUAUAUGUGUGAUUAAUAUUGCAGAUAAGUGUGAUAGCAAUGAAGAAAUGUGAGUUGUGCAGUUCAAUAGCAAGAGUUUACUGUGAAUCAGAUCAAGCCAGUCUUUGUUGGGAUUGUGAUGCCAGAGUACACACAGCCAAUUUCCUUGUGGCUAAGCAUUCAAGAAUCCUUCUCUGUAAUUCUUGCCAAUCACUUACCCCAUGGACUGGCUCUGGCCCUAAGCUUGGUCCCACUGUUUCAGUUUGCCAGAAAUGUUUUCACAGAAAUAAUAAUAAUAACAAUGAUGGGGAAAAUCAAGAUCAAGAUCUUGAUGAUCAUAAUGAUGAUUCAGAAGAAGAAGAUGAUGACGAGGACGAAGACGAAGACGAAGAUGAUGGUGGAAGCAGUGACGGUGAUAAUCAAGUUGUUCCUUUGUCUUCUUCAACUACUGAUCAGCCUCAUCCUCCGUCAGUAACGUCAAGUUCUUCAAGUAGUGAAGAUUCCACUAGCAGAUUUCACAGGAGAAGUGUAAUUGGAUUUUCACCUAACAGAACAGAGCAAAAUAUUCAAUCUCAUUAUUGUGGCAUUACAAGACCUCAAGAGAAGGUAGAAAGGAGGUCAUGGACAUGGAGAUAAUUAAAGCAAGGGUUAUUUUCAGAUCAAAAGCUAACUCUGUUAUCUGAUCAAUGUAUGAAUAAAUCUUCAAGAGUUACCUUGUAAAUGACAUGUGAGUUAGCUUAAUCUUUCUUGUUCCCAUUCGCUUUUGAAAUCAAUAUUCCUGGAGUUCUUAUUUGGAAUCUUU